AUCGUCAUCUCUUUCUCUCUCUCUCCCUCUCUCUCUAUCUCUCUGAGACAAUAACACAAACACCUUACACCACUGUCAAUUCACCGACACUGCGACAGAUCCGUCGAUCCACCGCCUCACUGCAACAAUGUGCGAGCAUUGAUCGAUACAUACGGCGGCGUAUUGAAGCUGAGAGAAGUGAUGGGGAUUAUAAACAUGAGAGCAUUCGAUUGGAAAACGGGCCAGCUUAUAACGGCGGCGCUUUUAGUGAUGAUAGCUUCCUUCUACACGGGCACUCUCUUCGCCAGGAAUUCUUCUUUCCUCUACACCACACCACAGCAGCAAAACGCACAACAAAUUGAAAACCCCUCUGCCAAUGAUUCAGCAUCAGCUUCCGGUGCAUUUUCAAAUAAAGUUAGUCUUACUUAUCGGACAAUACCACUUAGUAUCCCAGAAACAGGGAUCAAUAUAUGCCCGUUGACGUAUAACGAAUACAUUCCAUGCCAUGACAUUUCUUACAUCAACGAGCUAAUGUCGAAAUUAGAUCUUUCAAGAAGAGAGGAGCUUGAGAGGCAUUGCGCCCCUGUCCAAAGACGCUUGUUCUGUUUGGUCCCACCACCAACUGACUAUAAGAUACCUAUAAGAUGGCCCACAAGUAGGGACUACGUUUGGCGGAGUAAUGUAAACCAUACACAUCUCGCCGAAGUUAAAGGUGGGCAAAAUUGGGUGCACGAUAAGGAUCAGCUAUGGUGGUUUCCUGGUGGAGGUACGCAUUUCAAGAACGGAGCUUCUGAGUAUAUUCAGAGGUUAGGAAAUAUGACAACUAAUGAAACUGGUGAUCUUCAUUCUGCCGGGGUAUUUCAAGUUCUUGACGUUGGUUGUGGAGUAGCUAGCUUCUCAGCCUAUCUUCUUCCCUUUAAUAUACAGACUAUGUCUUUUGCUCCAAAAGACGGUCAUGAAAACCAAAUCCAAUUUGCUUUAGAAAGAGGAAUCGGAGCCAUGAUUUCUUCUUUAUCCACAAAACAGUUACCGUACCCUAGUAACUCCUUUGAGAUGGUCCAUUGUUCCAGAUGUCGUGUUGAUUGGCAUGAGAAUGAUGGAAUUUUGAUAAAAGAAGUGGACCGCCUAUUGAGACCAAAUGGAUAUUUUAUAUAUUCAGCUCCUCCUGCUUACAGAAAAGACAAAGAUUUUCCGUUGAUUUGGGAUAAAUUGACGAAUCUAACUUCUGCAAUGUGCUGGAAACUCAUUGCCCGAAAAGUUCAAACAGCAAUCUGGAUUAAGACAGAUGACAACUCAUGUCUCAACCAAAAUGCAGAACAGAAGUUUAUCACUAUAUGCGAUUCCACAGACGAUUUUAACCCAUCUUUUAAGACACCAUUAAGGAACUGUAUAGCAGAACGUGUUUCGCUGAAACUCCCUCCAAAGCCACAGCGUCUCUCAGAAUAUUCCCAGAGUCUAAUUAAGCUAGGUAUAAAUCGAGAAAAGUUCUUAUCAGAUACGAUAUACUGGCAAGAUCAAGUUCGUCACUAUUGGAGAUUGAUGAAUGUUGAAGAGAAAGAAGUACGAAAUGUGAUGGAUAUGAAUGCUUUUCUCGGUGGAUUUUCGGUGGCUUUGAGCACAUGGCCCGUAUGGGUUAUGAAUGCAGUUCCUGUAAGCAUGAACAAUACCUUAUCUGCUAUUUACGACAGGGGUUUGCUAGGUGCUUUUCAUGACUGGUGUGAGCCAUUUUCGACAUAUCCACGCACAUAUGAUCUGUUACAUGCCAAUAAAUUAUUUUCUAACUAUAAAAACCGUGAAGACGGUUGCUUACAAGAGGAUAUCAUGCUUGAAAUGGACCGUAUAUUAAGACCCCAGGGGUAUAUUAUUAUUAGAGGGGAAGAUGAUAGUGUUAUUUCAAGAAUAGUGGAUCUUGCUCCGAAGUUUCUUUGGGAAACUCAGUUGCAUUUUCUGGAAGAUGAUCAGAAAAGAAUGGAGUCCGUAUUAUUUUGCAGAAAGAAGUUUUGGGCUAUCCUCUAAGGCCUCGUAUGGGAGUAAGGAUUGAAACUUCUCUCCCCUGUCCGUGAUCUCGAUUCCAGGUUCAACUUUUUGUAAACGAAAGGCUAAGUGUGAGUACUUCUAACAUAUUUCAUUGCUUAUAUAUUCAUGAACUUGUAUAUUUUUAGAUACAACUUUCUUUCUAUUUUUUCAAUUUUUAUUUUUAUUUUUUUCUGUAGAAGUGGAUUAUACCAUAGAAACUCAUUGUUUAAUUUUAUCUCUUUUUGAUGAAAUGUGUAAUCUGUUGUAACAAUUAUGUGUAUCACCUUUUUCUGCUAGCUUUGAAUGAAAACAAGGUAACCA